CGGGGCCCAGGUAGUUGGGGUUGUCGCGGGUGCCGAUGUAGAGCAGCACGUCGAAGGGCUGCACCGACGCGUCCUUCGGGUAGAAGAUCACCGUGGUGGUCCUGUAGCCGCCCUUCUCCCGGAAAUCCAGGAGCCCUUGGAGCCUCACUGGAGGAAGGGAGGAUACCUUCCAAAUGGCUUGUUUUCCCCACCGCUCCAGGUUUACAGUGGAGUCACCUGGGUGCAGGUUAUACCUUAUCCUUAAAAACACAUGACACUGGGAAUCCUCACUGCGUUCCAUGCCAGGGAUGGAUUUCACGGAAGCCUAUUCCGACCGGUGCUCGGCCGUGGGCCUUGCGGCCAGAGAAGGAAACGUUGAGAUACUGAGGGAAUUGAUCAGUCGGGGAUACAGCGUCGAUGUCCCGGAUAACAGGAGGUGGCUGCCCAUCCACGAAGCGGCAGCGCACAAUUCCAGUGAGUGCCUGAAGCUGCUCAUUGAUACAGCUCCAGGCGAUGACUACAUCCACUCGAGGACGUUUGAAGGGAUGUGUGCUCUGCACCUCUCGGCCCGUCACGGCUCUCUGGAAUGUCUCCGGCUUCUCCUGGAAGCUGGGGCUGAUCCCGACAACGUCACCACCGAAUCUGCCACCACCCCACUCUUCCUAGCUGUUGAAAAUAAACACGCAGAGGUUGUCAAGUUCCUGCUCCAGCAUGGAGCAAAUAUUGAAGGUUCUCAUUCUUGGUCUGGAUGGAAUCCUUUGCACCAAGCUUCCUUUCAGGGUUCCACUGACAUAAUGCAGAUGCUCCUAGAGAAAGGGGCCAGCAAGGACUGUCGUGAUGACUUUGGGAUCACCCCUCUGUUUGUGGCUGCUCAGUAUGGCCAGCUGGAGAGUCUGAGGCUGCUGCUGUCCCACGGUGCAGACGUCAACUGCCAGGCCAAGGACAGGGCCACUCCCCUGCUGAUUGCUGCACAGGAGGGACACCUGGAUUGUGUGAAGCUGCUGCUGACUGCAGGGGCAGACCCAAACCUCUACUGCAACGAGGAUAACUGGCAGUUACCCAUCCAUGCAGCAGCUGAGAUGGGCCAUGCAAAGAUUCUGGAGCUGCUGAUUCCCGUCACUGACCGCAUCUGUGACAAGGGCGAGGGCAAAGUGAGCCCCGUGUACUCGGCGCUCUACGGCGGGGACGGGGAGUGCCUGGAGAUGCUGCUCAAGCAGGGCUUCAGCCCAGAUGCUCAGGAGUGCCUGGACUUCAGCUGCAGGUCCCCCAUGUGCAUGAUUUUCCAAAAGCAGUAUUAUCAGUUCACUGAUGUCCUUCUGAAAUAUGGCAUCACCCUGCGUGGGAUCAACUUGGCACACUGCCUGUGCCAUAAGAAGUUUGCUCUGUUCCGGCGCUUCCUGAGGUCUGGCUGCUCCCUGCCCUCAGAGGAGGAAUUAACAGACUUCAUCCUCUCCAGCAGCACGGUGCAGAAGGAAUACAAGGAAUGGCUGCCCUGCCUGCUGCUGGCUGGCUUCAACCCCGUGAAUUUCAUGCACAAGUUCUGGAUUUUCUCCAUGAGUGAGGAUGUCCUUAAUUUUGUCCUGGAGUUCAUGAAUUGGAGCAGACUUCCUCCAACUGUGGAGCAACACCUUUCCCAAUACAAGGAGAAGUUCACUUGGACUUCCAAGAGCCAUUUUGCCUUCCUUCCUUCCCUGUCCCACCUGUGCCGCCUGGAGAUCCGGUCCCUGCUGGGCAGCGAGCGCCUGCGCUCGGAGCGCGUGAUCCGGGAGCUGCCACUGCCAGCCUGCCUCCAGGACUACCUGCUCUACCUGGAUGUGCUGCGAGCCAACAGUGUCCCAGAGCUGCAGGAUUGCCUGGAGCAGGGAGAGGAGGGAGCUCCUUCCAGUCCUUCCCAGGAUAGGGAAGAGGGACAGCAGUGACAGCGGUGCUCCGUGAGAGCGGUGCCAGUGCCCGGACUCUGCAGCUGCAGGUUUUGUAAUGGGAAUCAGGAGACACGGGAGGAGAACUGCUGUAAAUGUCUGUUCUCCUCCCGUGUAAUCAUUCUUUUCACACUGUAGUUUUGUACUACAUCUAGAAAUUUCCUAUGGGCUCUAUGAUUUGCUUGUUUGAAAUCUGUUGUAGCUCCGUAAGUGAACAUUUUCUGUUUCUUUUCUAACUCUUGGGAAGUAAAAUGAGCUUUUUCAGUGAA